UUUCUUUGUUAGAAUCCAAAGCAGAAACAUAAGCUUGUUUCAUUUACUUGAAAUGGAGAUUUCCUCUAUUCUUUCAUGUUUCAUGCCUCACUCUCUCUUAUAAAUUAUCUGGAUUCACUUCCUUGAAGUUGUCAAGAUUUUGAGGUCACCUCGUCUGCAGCAACCAAUCCUGUCGAGUGCAAGCAGUGGUUGUACAGUGUACUUCCUGCUAUUUCUCCAACAGAUAUGGACCCUUACAGUGAUUUGGCCUUAAGCAAGUCACCCCGCAAGUUAAAAUCACGGGCGCCUUCAGAAUCAAAGGAGAGCUCAAGCAUGGAAUAUGAUAUGGAAUACAUUCAGUAUCUGCCGCUAUACAAGGCUGUUGACAAGGGCGACCUAGACGCUACAAUGAUGUUCCUGGAAGAACAUCCUGAUGGACUGACUGCUAGCAUUUCAGCAGAUGGGGAUACUGCCCUCCAUGUUGCGGUUCUGGCUGGACACAGAGAGAUUGUUGUGAAGCUGGUGGACCAGUUAGAUCCGGAUGACUUGGAAAUCCGAAACAGAAAUAAUGCCACCGCUCUUAAUUAUGCUGCCAUUGGAGGGAUCACAAGCAUUGCCGAGGACUUGGUAGCAAAGAAUGGAGGUUUACUUAAAGUUGCAAACCAGAAUGGCCACAUCCCAGUUGUUGUAGCUUCUCUCUAUGGGCAUAAAGGCAUGGUUCGUUAUCUGUACAGCGUGAGUCCGAAAGAAGAGCUCAGUCCAGCUACAAACAAUAAGAAUGGGGUUAUGCUUCUCACAACAUGUAUCAUGGACGAACUCUACGAUAUUGCCUUGGAUCUGCUUCAACAUUACCCACAUUUGGCUUUUUAUCAAGAUAGUGACAAAGACACAGCUCUUGAUAUGCUUGCUCAAAAACCUUCUGCUUUUCCCAGUGGAACUCAACUUGCUUGGUGGCAACAAUGGAUAUACAACGGUAUCCGGGUACCUCAUCCACUUGCCUCUAGCCACAGCCAUGGGGACAUUGAGAGGCCGAAUAAGGGACCAACUGAUCGAAGGAACAUUGUUAAACGAGCAUCUGACCAGUUGUUGGUAAUGGCUUGGAAGGGAUUGAAGGUUUUUGUUCCAGCUAUCAAGAAAAUGUAUAACCUGAAGUUGAAACAUGGCCAAGCACUAGCAGUUCUGUGUUGCCUAUGCGAACAAAUAUCAACUCUUCAUAGAUCAGAAUUCAAAGAAAUUGGUGUGUACAAGGCUGUAUUCAAUGCUGUUAAGCAUGGAAUUGUUGAAUUCAUCGUUGAGAUUGUUAGACAUUAUCCUGACGUUAUAUGGUGCGAGGAUGAUCUUAACCGGGGCAUAUUCUUGUAUGCAACCCUGCAACGCCAAGAAAAGAUAUUCAGCCUUAUAUACAAAAUGGGAGCAAAGAAGAACUCAAUGGCAACUUCUUGGGACAAGUAUCACAACAACAUUUUACACCAAGCUGCAUUCUUAGCACCCUCCUCUCAGCUCGAUCGUGUUUCGGGUGCAGCAUUACAAAUGCAAAGAGAGCUGCAAUGGUAUAAGGAGGUGGAGAGCAUUGUCCAACCCAAGUACAGAGAGAUGAUAAAUUUUAACCAUAGAACACCUCAAGCUUUAUUCACUGAACAGCACAGGAAAUUAGUGGAAGAAGGGGAGAGAUGGAUGAAGGACACAUCUGAGUCUUGCACGGUCGUGGCUGCUCUUAUUUCUACCAUAAUGUUUUCAGCGAUCUUUACUGUUCCAGGUGGAUAUGAUCAGUAUUCAGGGAUUCCUAUAUACUUGCACAGGAAUUCGUUCAUGGUCUUCAUGGUGUCCGAUGCAAUGUCAUUGUUUGCGUCUACAUCUUCGUUGUUGAUGUUCUUAGGAAUCCUGACAUCACGGUACAGAGAGGAAGAUUUCCUCUUGUCCUUGCCUACGAAAAUGAUUGUAGGCCUUUCCUGUCUUUUCUUUUCGAUAGCAACUAUGAUGAUAACCUUCGGCAUUACGCUUUUUAUGAUGCUUCGCGAUCGUUUUCCGUGGAUUUCCUUUCCGAUUAUAUUGCUGGCUAGUCUUCCUGUCACGCUUUUCGCUCUGCUACAAUUCCCUCUCCUUGUUGAGAUUUUCUUCUCAACAUACGGACCCGGCAUUUUCAACAGGCCCAAGAAGUGGAGUUCUUUUGAGCAGUCUUGAAUUCAUCUCAAGCCUCUGGUCAAUAUACAUAUAUAAAGAGCAAGGUAGCUUAUGAAUUACUAAUAGAGAUUUUGAGAAUGUUGUUCAUCCUCUCUUGUUGGGAUUGAGAGGAGAAUCUGUUGUGUGUUGAUGCUGUCAAGUUUUUGUAUCAAAUUAUUAUCUAAAACUAUAAUAAAAGGACUUCACUACAUUUUCCAUAGGGAUUAGGGAGUCAAAUUUGAUUCUA